UUGCUUCCUACCAGCGGCUUUCAAACCAUUGACCCACAUAGUGUGGUUGAAGAGGAGGCAAUAUCGGGUUAUCACGCCGAUCGAUUCUACCCCGUUAAACUCGGAGACGUAUUCAAUGACCGCUUCCAAGUGACUGCAAAGCUAGGUUUUGGCUCAUCGUCGACUAUUUGGCUGGCCAGAGACCUCAGGUGCGGGCAUCAUGAAUAUGUAGCGUUAAAGUUGUAUGUCCAUACAUCUAAUUAUCUCAGGGAGCUUCCGUUUUACGAUCAUAUAUCACGACAUUUUCCAAGUACAAAAUCGCAGUUUGAACGGCAGAACAUACGACGAGUACUGAGCACUUUUCAACUAGCCGGGCCCCAUGGCAAACAUCCCGUUCUAGUCUGUGAAGCAUCGCAGAUGAGCCUACGCGAUAUGAAGACCGUCUUCUUUCCAGACGGAUUCAAAGAAUCUUUUGUCAAGGCUGCUACUUUUGAGCUCCUUAAGGCCGUGGAUUUCUUACACACAGUGCAAAGGCCGUCCACACUGAUGGAAUUGGAUUCACCUGUUCCUCGCAAGCCAGUUUCAGACUCCCGGACUAUCUAUAUGUCGCGUCUAGCGAAACCCAAAGAAGGGCCAAUGCUAUUAUCUGACUCUGAAGAGGCGAGAAUCGGCCCUGGACCCCAUGGUAGGGAUAUUAUGCCACUUGAAUUCAGGGCUCCCGAGGUACUAUUAUAUGUAGGCUGGAGUUAUCCGGUCGAUAUCUGGAGUAUUGCUCGAGAUGAAGAGGACGGCAAAGCAUACGAUGCAGUUUACUUUGCUGAGAUGAUCGCAUCCCUGGGUCCUCCACCGGCCGAGUUUUUGGCUAAGAAUCCUGAGCGAAGGGCCGACUUUUGGGGCGAGAAAGCUGGAGCUGGCGUCCAUCCCCGAAGGCAGGACUCUAGUGUCUGUAGAGAACCGGCUGGAAAACAGCAUGAAGUUCCUAAAAUUCAGGCGGCGAACCUUGACUUGGAUGCCUGA